CCGGCUGUGCGGCAGUGACGCUACUGGGCUCCAGCCCUGCGGUGGUCGGGAUAAUGAGCCGUAUCUACAGUGACGGUGCCCUCCGGAACAAGGCAGUACACAGCGCGCGUCUGCCCACCGUCUGGGACCCCGUCACCCACCAGGGGGGAAAUGGCAUCCUGCUGGAGGGAGAACUGGUUGAUGUAUCUCGGCACAGCAUCUUGGAUGUCCAUGGCAGGAAGGAGCGCUACUACGUGCUGUAUAUCCGGCCCAGUUUCAUCCAUCGCCGUAAAUUCAAUCUCAAGGGAGAUGAAAUCGAGCCCAACUUCAGUGCCACCAAGAAGGUGAACACAGGCUUCCUCAUGUCCUCCUACAAGGUGGAAGCCAAAGGAGACUCUGACAGGCUCACACCCGAGGAGCUGAAGAAGUUGGUGAAUAAGCCAGAGCUGCUGGCACUGACAGAGAGCCUCACUCCGACCCAGACAGUGGCGUUCUGGGUGCCUGAGUCAGAGAUGGCGUCAAUGGAGCUCGAGCUUGGGGCCGGGCUACGGCUGAAGACUCAGGGUGAUGGCCCCUUCCUGGAGUCAUUGGUCAAACUUGAGUCUGGAGCAGUGACCAAGUGUAAUUUUGCUGGUGAUGGAAAGACAGGGGUAUCCUGGACAGACAACAUCAUGGCCCAGAAGUCAUCAGAGAGGGCAACAGCAAAGAUCCGAGAGCAGGGGGAUGGGGCAGAGGAUGAGGAAUGGGACGACUGAGGUUAGUGGCAUGUGGAUGCCUCUGGUGCCAACCAGAAUCUUCUGUGGCACAGUAGAGAAUUUAUUCCAUAACUUCCACUCUGGAGCUGGAGAGAGCAGUCCGCCAAGCCUUCUCUACUGCUGCCUUGGAAUACCCUGUGUACAAGCUCUGCUAAAUCAAACGGAAGAUGGAAUGUUGCCUCUAGGGUCCGUGCUGUGUGUCUCAUGCCCUGCCACGCGGUCCAGCCUUCUUCAACAUUUUCAUCAUGCCCUUGCCCUGGAGGGCAGCUUUGUUUCUGAAGGCAGGUGGUAGUCAAGUCCCCCAGUGCAAUCUCAGGGGAACUGCACUUGGUCUUAGUGCAUAAUUAGGGGAUAUCCCUUAUCUAAACAGAGCUGCUUGGGGGAGAAGGUGGUGGGCCUCUUCCUUUGUCUGGUUCCCUGGUCUCCCAUGCCUCCCCCUCUUCAGCACUCUGGUGUAGCCCUGGCUCUUCUGCUUUGAACUUCCUUGUCCUCUGUACCUUUUCCCCAACCUGUGGGUUCUUUAUUCCUCCCCUGAUUUCCUAGGAUUUCCUGUCUGCCCUCCAUGGUUGCUGCCUUCUGGACUUUUUCCCAUUUGAGGCCAACAGUGCUCACGGGUGGGCUGCUGGGCCUCACCACUCAGGCUCCCUCUGCCAGGCCAUAUUUUUGAGAAUACCUUUUUUGUUGUUUUGUACCUUGAAGAUUCAUUUUUAUUAAUGAUUGAAUCUUCAGAAGAGAAUUGCCACACAUAAUUGUCUUUUAGCUGAGCAAUGCUUCCAUGAGAGGGAAGCUGUCUUUGAUCAUGAGGACUGCCUUAGAGGUCUGGAGUGAAAUUGCCAUGUCCUAAGGAUUUGGUGGCAUGUGGAUGCUGCUUGGCUUAAGGAAAAGAAAGUGGUGAACUAAUAAAUCUUGAGUCCUCCUAGUGUCUCAAAUAUGGUGCCAGAUGCUUUCCAUGAUAA